AUGGCCCCAAUCCGAACCCCGCGUCUGAGGCUUCCGGCGAGAUUCAACCGAUCUCAGAAACUUCCGGACAAGGCUGUCAACGCCCCAAAAGCUUCGCGUGUUCAAAAGAAAAGUCGCCGUGAGCCCAGUCCGCCACCACCUCCGCCCCGAUUGAGUUCACUUGGUGAAGACAGCGACAAUGACGAUGGAGGAGACCCAAAGAAGAUUCAAGAUUCUAGCCCUCUCGAUUCCGACCAAGGUAGAGCUGCUAGCAAUUGCAUCAAUCCUCAUGAGCCAGCUGAUCUCGCGCUAGACCCAGAGAUUGAGAGGUUGGAUGAGCAGUUCCACAAGGAAAACCCCGCGCGGCAGGCUGCUCAGCAUCCACCUGCGAAGACCACGAAUGAAUCUGCCGCAACCACCGGGACCGAAAUAGAAUCGCUGGCCGACUUCGUGACCAAGUUUGUGGUCGAAGACAAUCAAACAUCCGUACAACAAUAG